CCCGCGGCAGCAGGGCGCGCCUGCGCAGAGCGCGGUGAAGAUGGCGCUGCUGCGGCAGGCGUACAGCUCGCUGUUCCGCCGCACCUCCACCUUCGCCCUCACCAUCGUCCUUGGUGCCGUUCUCUUCGAGCGCGUCUUCGACCAGGGCGCGGACGCCCUCUUCGAGCACCUCAACGAGGGGAAACUGUGGAAACACAUCAAGCACAAGUAUGAGCAAAGUGAAGACUGACAUGCUCAGCAGCAGGAGCCAGCCCCGGGUGGCUGAAGACACUGCAGAGAAGGAUUUGUCCUCCUGAAACUGGUUGUCUCAAAAUGGAAACGGGUUCCUGUCUGAACAACUCCGAGCCAGAUUGUAUCAGCCACCUUCUGAUAUGAUGUAGAGCAAGAUGGACUCAAGGAGUUCUGCUGCUGUCCUCAAAGUUACUGUGUUCAAAUAAAACAUUCUUGGUCCACA